AUGUUUAGGUUGUUUAUUUGUACAGGAAAUCUGUAUUAUGGUAGAAAAAAGCCAACUGGAGCUGUUAUCGAAGUCUUGUGUCCACAUUCAAAUGUUUCUCCAUAUAUUGUUAUAAAUCAAAACCUUGAAAAUCCUUCAUCCAUUUGUAUUCACCCAUUAAAAGGAUAUUUAUUCUGGACAGAUGUUUAUGGUGGGUCAAAAAUUGAAAGAUCUCUUUUGUCGGGGAAACAAAGAAUCACUAUUACCUCAAAGAACUACAAGAUCGGUGAUAUUGCUCUGGAUGUCAUAGAGAAUGUUUUUUAUUGGUGUGAUCCUGUAACUAGAGUAAUAAUUCGCUCUAACCUUGAAGGGUUAAAUCAGGAAGUUUUCCUGGAGUCUGGCAGACAUUUUCCUUUAUCAGUAGCUGUAUCCUCCAUCUACUUGUUUUGGACUGACAGGCAUAAAGAUGAAGAAAGAAUAUUCAAGUCAUUCAAAAAUGGUUCAGGUGACGAAAUAGAGCUAUUUAAUAAUACCAAUAUAAAGCUACUACAUGUGUUUGACAGAGAGCAACAGAAUGGAUCUAAUAUCUGCAGUUACAGAAAUGGAGGUUGUCAGCAUCUCUGUUUCUAUGAAGGUCACAAACAUCAUAAUUGUGCAUGUGUGUACAGUAAACUAGGACUUGAUGGGAGAUCUUGUGAAGAUUAUACCCAGUUUAUCUUGUGGACCAAUGGGAAUACCAUCGAAAGUUUGUCGUUGGAAGAUUCAACUAAUCCAAACCCUCCAGUGCCUCCAAUUGUGCCAUUUGUAGAGGCAUUAGAAUUGGUAGCUUUGGCUUAUGACAGUACUCAUGACAUGAUCUAUUUUGCUGAAACGAAACAGGGAAAAGGGAUUUUUCAAGUGAAGAAAGAUGGAUCAGACUUGAAACAUCUUGUUCAUGGUGGCUUGUUACACAUCCAGGGUUUGGCUUAUGACUCCAAAGAUGGAGUCCUCUAUUUCACUGAGAGUAUUGACCCAUCUAUUUGUCAACUUAUUAUUGAUGCAGGUGUCCCAUCAAAAUGUAUAAUACACUUAGGAUACAGUGAUGUACCCCAUGGAAUUGUUGUUGAUAGUUGUGGCCG